AUGGCAUCGUAUUCGUCUGAUGGUAAGCCGGAAAAUGUGGAUCGGGGUGCUAAGAUAGAGGGUACUAUUGGAUUCGGCAAGCCAACCGCCGAUGUUACUGCCAUUCACAUCCCUAGCAUCAAUCUCGAAAAGGCCGAGAUCGUGGUGGAUGUGCUCAUCAAGAACCCUAAUCCGGUUCCCAUCCCUCUCAUCGACAUUAACUACUUGAUCGAAAGUGAUGGAAGGAAACUUGUCUCCGGGCUGAUCCCUGAUGCUGGGACAAUCCAUGCCCACGGGGAGGAGACUGUCAAAGUUCCAGUCCACUUGGUAUACGAUGACAUCAAGCUUGGAAGCAUCAUUCCAUACAGGGUCAAGGUCGACCUCAUUGUGGAUGUCCCUGUCAUCGGCAGAUUCACUAUCCCCCUUGAAAAAACUGGAGAAAUCCCCAUCCCUUACAAGCCUGAUGUCGAUGUUGAGAAGAUAAGCUGGAGAACAUGCAUGAAUGACUUUGACUUAGGCCUCAAUGCUCUCGACUACGAGAUUUGGUUCUGUGUUGUCCGCAUUGGAGGUGCAGAGCUCUCCAAGUCUGCCAAUCUUGCUAAAAGGGGCAUCACUUAUGUUGACGUUCCCAUUACCUUCAGGCCUAAGGAUUUUGGGUUAGCGCUCUGGGAUAUGAUUCGGGGAAUGGGUACCGGCUACACCAUCAAAGGGAAUAUCAAUGUGGACACGCCCUUUGGAGCCAUGAAGUUGCCGAUCGUCAAGGAGGGUGGUACUACACGCCUCAAGAAGAACAAGGAAGAUGGUGGUGACGACGACGAUGAUGAGGAGUGGAGAGGGAUGUUGGGUUGGCAAGUGAAACUAGUAGUUGACGUGGUCUGUUUAUCUGUACUGGUGCUUGAGAAUAAUAGACAAACAGGCACUUGA